AUGGAAUCAUCAGCUGAAGAGUAUGCUGCCUUUGAAGAGAAAGUUAAAAGGACAGUAUACUUAGACAACCUGUCACCGCAGGUUACUGAAUCUGUGAUUAGAACUGCUCUGGACCAGUUUGCACUUGUUAAAAGUGUCAAGUUUAUCCCCAACUAUCUAGGAACGAACAGUCUGCCACAAUGUGCAUUGGUAGAAUUGGAGUCUGCCAAGAAGGUGAAGGAAGUGAUAGCUAUGAUUAAGCAGUAUCCUUUCAUGAUGUCAGGGAUGCCACGGCCCAUAAGAGCUCGUCCUUCGCUAAUGGAAAUGUUUGAUGACCGGCCAAUAAAGCCUAAGAGAAAGAUUAAGUGUUGCUGGUUGGAACAAAGUGACCCUGAUUUUGAGGUGGCAAAGGAGCUGAAGAAUCUUACUCGGAAACACUCUGCAGAAAUAACACUCAUGCACAAAGUUCUAUCAAAAGAAGAAGAGAAGCUAGCAACUCAGCAGGCUGAAACUCUUAAAGUGCACUACAAAAAGUAUAGGAUGAUAGAAAGCAUUAUGACUGACAGGGCAGCCCAUACUUUGGCAAGAAAGUACAAUCUGACCGUCGCAGAUGACUGA